UUUACAAGGUACAACAUCCUGGUAUUAUUUGGCUUCUUCAUAUUCCAUACUCUAUUUUUUUUGGACUAACUAAAGACUACGGUAGUAGUAUUUUAGCGCUAAAGCGCCGCAGUGGUUUGACACUUCUGACGUUCCGUCCUGGGGGGAGUUGGUCACGUGACAAUCACAAACCGGACCCAGGCCAUAACAAGGAAGUGUGUAUGUUUCUACUGACGUGUGGACUUCGUGUAAAGAUGAAGGGUUUAUCCUUCCUAACAGCGUUCCUCUUGUGCUCCUGUGCGGCUCAAGACGAGCCGAUCAGGGCCUUCGUGGUCCCCCACAGCCACAUGGACGUGGGGUGGGUGUACACCGUCCAGGAGAGCAUGCACGCCUACGCGGCCAACGUGUACAGCAGUGUGACCGAGGAUCUCUCCAGAGACGGGCGGCGGCGCUUCAUCGCGGUGGAGCAGGAGUUCUUCAGCUGGUGGGAGACGGCCGCCACAGACACUCACCAGAAACAGGUACGACAGCUGGUGAAGGAGGGCCGUCUGGAGUUCGUUCUGGGGGGGGGGGGGGGUCAGGUGAUGCAUGACGAGGCCGUCACUGACCUCGACGACCAGAUCUUGCAGUUGACCGAGGGCCAUGGUUUCCUGUACGAGACGUUCGGCGUGCGCCCGACCCCUUCGGCGCCUCGGCGACCCCGCCCGUGCUCUUCGCCCUCGCCGGGUUCCACGCCCAUCUCAUCUCUCGCGUCGACUACGACCUCAAGGACAGCCCGCAGAGGGACAAGGCGGGGCUCUGACACAACACCCAAACCUGUGACCUACUUUGUAGAACAUGGAAUCAGUGUUUCAGGAAUGUAGAAGAGGCUGCAGACAUGGAGCUGCUCUACGGCCACACCAAUCAGUCCAUUACUGGGGAAUUUUAGAUGUUGAUUAACG